AUGGCAGACCACCCAAGCCAAGAGGCGACGCAAGUACCAUCAAGUGAGGGUGAAACAAGGCAGAGACCAAAACCUCCAACAGUGAAUUAUUUGAUGCGAGACCCUCUUUACGAAUUAGAGAAACCAUACAUGACGACAUUCGACACAACAGAGCUAGGAGGACAAGAUACCAAUUAUAAAUUCACUGAGCACAACAUCAAUGCUCAAAGCGCAGACCACAUUCAAAACGUGUUUGACCUUGAAAUUAACGGCUUUCAGUUCCUCCAACAUACCACUCUUCUUUCGCACUCUGAUUUCGAGUGUGAUCUGUCCAUUGUCAGCCGAUAUUAUCCAGAUGUCGUGGAAUUGGUUAAGGCUGUAAGGCCGCAAGUCAGCCACGUACACAUCUUAUCCCAUACAAGACGAGAUGCAUCUAUAAGCAAGGAUCUAGUUGUCCCCAAUCGCCUCUAUCAGCCGGUAACUAAUGCGCAUGCUGGUGGGUGCUUAAACUUUCCGGCUUCAUUUUGGGACCCUCGUUGA